AAUAGUUUAGCAUUAUUUGAGAAAAAGAGAAAUGUUGAGAGAUGCUUGUGGCAGCAACGAUACCCAUUCAUCAUCACCAUCGUCACCACCACCGCAUCUACGCUUCACUCUUCGCCAUAGCCAAGUUCACCACCAUGGCCAGCACCAGCAGCAGUAGUAACAAUUCAGGUGCAUUCACAACAAUCAAAGAAAGAGUCACUUUUGAAAAAGACAUUAAGAAAAGCAAGUUCAUCGCCAUUGCUGGUUCCGUCUCCGAUGACAAAUCUGCCAUGUCUUUCCUUUCUCAGGUUCGGGAUCCAAAGGCUACCCAUAAUUGCUGGGCUUAUAAGGUAGGGGAUCAAUAUCGGUCCAAUGAUGAUGGUGAACCUUCAGGUACGGCUGGGAAACCAAUAUAUUCUGCCAUUUCUACUUCAGGAAUAGAUAGAGUAAUGGUGGUUGUGAUCAGGUAUUUUGGUGGAAUCAAAUUAGGCACUGGAGGAUUAGUCAGGGCUUAUGGAGGAGUUGCAUCAGAAUGUUUGAAGAAUGCUCCAACCUGCCUUGUGAAAACAAAGGUGCCAAUGGGUGUAGAAGUUCCCUUUGACUUACUUGGAGUACUCUACCAUCAGCUGCAGUCUUUUAAUGUUGAAGAUAUGAAGCAGGAUUAUGAUACGGGUAAAGAGGACAUAUCCAUGGUUACUUUUAAAGUUGAUUUUGACCAAGCUGAGAAAUUGGAGGAUGCACUGAAAGCCAAUUGUAGCAGAGAAUUGAAGUUUUAUAAGCGUUGAGACUUGACACCUGAUUUGAAUUAUAUUUUUCAUGCACUAUUUUUCUGAUACAUGGUAGAUGCAACUUCGUUUGAAGAUGUGAUGAUGAGUGUGGCACAAACAGGUUCCAGUACAUACUAAGGUUUUGCCUUACGUGCUGCCAAUAGACUAGUUUUCUGAUAUGAGACCUGGUUCACACCAUGGCUUUAGGAAAUUAUUGUAAUUUAGUAGCUUUGAUACACUUUGUAAAAUCAGUUGAAUCUUUUACAUAUCUUUAUUUAUAUAUAAGGGAAUAUAUUUGCUUUCAGUGUUGAAACAUU